GCUGGUGCUGGCGUCAGGCGGAGGGAUGGGCUGGCUCGCCUUGACCCGGCAGGGCUUGUUUACUAUGGCUGAUGAUCUGGAGCAGCAGCCUCAAGGCUGGCUGAGUAGCUGGCUGCCUGCUUGGCGCCCCACUUCUAUGUCUCAGUUGAAGAAUGUGGAAGCCAGGAUCCUCCAGUGUCUCCAGAACAAAUUCCUGGCCAGAUAUGUGUCCCUCCCAAACCAGAACAAGAUCUGGACAGUGACCGUGAGCCCCGAGCAAAAGGACCGCACCCCCCUGGUGAUGGUGCAUGGCUUCGGAGGCGGCGUGGGCCUCUGGAUCCUCAACAUGGAUUCACUGAGUGCCCGCCGCACACUGCAUACCUUCGACCUGCUUGGCUUCGGGCGAAGCUCAAGGCCAGCGUUCCCAAGGGACCCGGAGGGGGCUGAAGAUGAGUUUGUGACCUCGAUAGAGACGUGGCGGGAGACCAUGGGGAUCCCCAGCAUGAUCCUCCUGGGGCACAGCUUGGGAGGAUUCCUGGCCACUUCCUACUCUAUCAAGUACCCUGAAAGAGUUAAACACCUCAUUUUAGUGGACCCGUGGGGCUUCCCUCUCCGGCCGACUGACCCCAGUGAGAUCCGUGCACCCCCAACCUGGUUCAAGGCCGUGGCAUCUGUCCUAGGACGUUCCAAUCCACUGGCUGUUCUUCGGGUAGCCGGGCCCUGGGGGCCUGGCCUGGUGCAGCGAUUCCGGCCAGACUUCAAGCGCAAGUUUGCAGACUUCUUUGAAGAUGAUACCAUAUCAGAGUAUAUCUACCACUGCAAUGCACAGAAUCCCAGUGGUGAGACAGCAUUCAAAGCCAUGAUGGAAUCUUUUGGCUGGGCCCGGCGCCCCAUGCUGGAGCGAAUUCACUUAAUUAGAAGAGAUGUGCCCAUCACCAUGAUCUAUGGCGCCAACACUUGGAUAGAUACCAGCACAGGAAAAAAGGUGAAGAUGCAGCGGCCCGAUUCCUAUGUCCGAGAUAUGGAGAUUGAGGGUGCAUCGCACCACGUCUAUGCUGACCAGCCACACAUCUUCAAUGCUGUAGUAGAGGAGAUCUGCGACUCAGUUGAUUGAGCUGCGCUCUCUAGAGGAAGAGGAGAAAGCCAGAGAGUCGCUCUCGCCUCCCUGUCUGCUUACUCACCCCCUCUGUCCUUUCCUCACCAACUAACAUGUGCCAGCCAGGCAGUCUUGGGCUGUCCCCAGGACAGGACCACAGUGAAAAAGAACACUCCUGACCCUAUGCUGAGGGCUGGAGGCAGAAGCCACAAGAGGCCUUGAGUGCCCCAUCCUGGGGAAGAACAUAAAGGGUUGCACAAUGCCACCCAUCCUCUCCAUGCCAAGUGUUACCCAGAUGGUGAAUGUGAAGGGAUUGCACCAAGCCACAUUCUUUCCCUGUUGUGUCGCCUUUCCUCUGAGCAAAGGAGAGAUCUCAGUGGCCUUUCCUAGCUCUGGAGUGUUUGUGGGGGUAGGUUCCAUGCAAGAACAUCUUCCUUUUUCUUCACUCCCUCACCCCCAUCCUAUGCCAGUUCCAUCCAGGGUCUGGUUGGGACCAGUUCCCACUUUACCAAGAGUGGGUCCUGGAGCUCCCUUUACCCGAAGAGUCCCUUCCAAAGCCCUCACUGACAAAUGAAGAAACGGGCCAAGGUGGGACAUGGCUGGCCCAUGGUGACACAGUUUUGUGUGAUGUGAGUCCUGGCAGAGUCAAAGCUAGAACCCAGGUGUGCUGACACCCAGUGCUUAUUGCACGCUUAAUUUGCUAAGGUUCGUGGCAGGUGCCAUUGCCGUGGGGCUGGCCCUGCUCACUGGUCAAGGAUAAACCCAUCCCUGCCCCACGUUCUGGCCCCAUUAUGCAGGGUUGCUGUUGUCCUGCCCUGUGCCUCAGCCCUGGAUGCCUAAGCUGGGGACAUCAAGUGCUUCCUCCCUUGCCCCAUCUGCCUCAACUAGAGGCCUGUGAGCCUCCAUCUGUGCCUUGGGCCCUAUAGCCCCACUUGUAGUGUAGAGCAAAGGUGUCCCCUGGUGGAGAGAGGGGAGAAAGGCCCUUCAACCCCAGGGCCAUGUCUGGGUUCUCCUUGCCCACAGUAUCUGCAGCGUUCUGCUACCAGCCCCCAGGGCUGAGGUCCCCCACGAUCCCCUGCCCAUGGUCCAGUGAGGAGCUUCAAGUCAGCAGUUCCCUGUCCUCAUCAGCCACAGGGUGAUUCCUACUGCAUGACCCUCUGUCGCUGCCGUCUGUUCCCAUGGUUUUCCGCUCAUCCCACCCCUGACCUACUGGUCAAUCCUCUUCCCGGGGUUGUUUCAGGGGCUGCUCUGAGGUUCUAGGCAGUAGGCUGGGCCUGGCCCCCGAACCAGCACAGCUCCUGCCUACUCCCUUACUUUUGUAAAGUCAACCCUUCACUAGAAUAGUAUUAACUCCUGGUGCUUUGUACUACUGGUCCAGCUGCCUUGGGCUCCUUUUCUAUAUUAAUAAAGAAAUGAGUAAAAACUG